AUGCACGCACUGCUAGAUCCAUACAAACCACCAGACAACUCACCCGCAUCAAACUCGCUCGCUCUCCACCUCGACUCGUUCUAUCUCGGACACACCGCGGACCACCAACGGCGCUCAUCACGGCGACGGGGCAGGAUGGGCUCGGAGAAGACGAGUGGAGUCGAUGGGGACACGCUCGCACGGUCAGACCCGCCAGCGAGCAAGGGUCGCCGCUCGCCUGAUCUCGUCCGCUCGUCUCGCUCGGCCACUCCCCAAACAGCGAAGCGACCGCCACUCCCGCCGCGCUCGCUCUCGAGACGCAGGUACAAGCUGCCUGAACCAGCAGCAGACGAAUGCUGUGCGUGCUGCUGUACAGAGGCCGAGAUGGGCGAGGAUGUCAUGGUCGGCGACGGAGGAGAGCCGGGUCUUCCUGCGGGUCGGCGAGCGUCGAGUGAGGCCGCCGCGCCGAGUAGGAGGUCGAGUACGGACAGCGAGCCUGGGGCGGACGACGCGACGAGCGCGAUGACCUCCAGCAGCGAGUCUGUCUCGCUCGUCGCCAGCCUCGCUCCGUCGUCAAUGUCCACCGUCCGCACCAAGCUGUUCGAGUCGGACGACGAGGACGACGACGGGGAUCUGGACGACCGCGAUGUGUCGUUCUUCACGCCCUCGACGCCCGCCUCACUCACGACGUCACCCCUCUCUCGCAAGUCGUCCAUCUCGAAGACCGCCAAGUCGGAUCCGCUCCUCGCGCCUUCCACCUCGCCAAUUCUAUCGUUCAAGGUCUCGCCGCAAGGGCACUGGAUGCCUGCGCCAGCCGCGCCAGUCACAGAAUGCGUAUUGAGCGAGCUGGACUUGCCGGACGUCGUCAAAUCCGCCUCCUCCUUAUCGACGCCGCCUUCGUCCCCUCCUCGCGCAUCCUCCUCUCCACCAUCAUCCCGUCCCUCGCUCCUCACCAAAUCCCUCCGCUCUCUCUCGCGCCUCCCGAACCUCACCCUCCCGCGCUUCUCCAGCCCAGACUCGUACAUCCCCGCCGCCCUCCUCCCCUCCGCCGCAGCGGACCUCGCAACCCUCCCACCAGGCUGGGGUCCCGCCGAGCGACGACGCGUAUUGGCUGCCGAACCGUCGCAUGCGGCGGACGAAGCCAGAGGGUUCAGUAUCUCCCUCAGGAGGCGGAAAGAACCGUUCUUGAGAGCGCCGCCGCCGUCGCCGGUUGAUGAGGUCGAGGCGGCGGGGAUGUUGUGGGGCGCUGAGGAGCUUGAUUUGCGGGAGAAGGAGACGGGCGACGAGGUCGCGGGCGCGAAGGUUGCGGUUGAGGAUGCGCCGUCUGCGCAACCGGCUAGUCCGACGGACGACAUUUCACCUCUACCGCCCUCGUCUACAGCGCCGUCUGUCGCGCCAGCCGCGACGACUCCUCCGGACCCCUCCUCCUCAGCCGCUUCGGUCUCGCCUCCCCAGCCCGUCCCGCGCUUCAUCUCGAACCACCGCCACCUCCUGAUGCUCUCCCUCGAGUUUGAGAUGAUGCGCCACGCCAAGAUCCGCGGUCCGCUCAGGCAGCGCGCGGUUAUCGUUCGUCAGGCGAGUCCGCCGCGGAAGGAUGGGAGCGCGACGACGGCGAAGGAGGGGAGCAAGUUGCGGCAGGAGGUGUGUGUGUGA